CAAUAACUUGUUUUUUCAGGCUGCAGAAACUGCCCAGCUUGAAGAACAUUUGGAGGGUUGGGGAGAAGUAAUGCUUGCUGCAGAUCAUGUCCUGCGCUGGGACAAACCGUGGUUUCCUGCUGUAAUGAUGCUGGUCGUGUCAGUGGUAUUUCUACUAAUCUACUGGCUGGAUCCUUCAGUACUGACUGGUGUUUCAUGUGCUAUUAUGGUCAUCUGUUUGGCAGAUUACCUGGUUCCAACUGUUGCUUCCAGGAUGUUUGGAUCCAACAAAUGGACUACAGAGCAGCAACAACGCUUUCAUGAAAUCUGCAGCAAUCUGGUAAAGACCAAGCGUUGGGUUGUGGGCUGGUGGAGACGUCUCUUUGCUCUGAAGGAGGAAAAGCCUAAAAUGUAUUUCAUGACUGCAGUUAGUGUUCUCUCUGUGGUGGCUUGGAUUGGGCAACAGGUUCACAACCUCUUCCUCACCUAUUUGAUUGUGAGUUUCAUACUCUUGUUUCCUGGUCUGAAUCGGCAUCGACUGAUCACAAAAUAUGUGGGAAUGGCUAGGCGGGAAAUUAACAAGCUACUGAAGCAAAAAGAGAAGAAAAAUGAAUAAUGAAAACUGGAUUUGUCACAGUUAAAAAUGAAUUUUAUUACUGGUGACCUUAGCUGGCAAUUUUCUUGCUCAAUCAAAAAGAAACAGCUCCUAGUGUGUGCUCAGCUAUAAUAUCUGCAUUUGGAGGGGAAAAGAGAAGGCAAAAUGUGUGUAUGUAGCAAGUGGGCAUGAUAUAACAAGGUUUAUUUUCUCAUUAUUUCAGAUCAGGAAUUGCUAUUUAGUUUUAAAAGACUUGUUCCCAACUGAUGUUUUCUCUCUUUGUAUUCGUGAUGUUUUGAAUUAGUUUUUGUUCAAGCCAUGACUGCACUGAAGGUUUAACCAGAAACUAUUCUGUUACAUGGAAUUAUUGAAUUGCUUGAUAUCUGUGCAAUCACCUGUAUUCUUGCUCGAGUAUUCGCAUGCGUGGGAGCCAGUUGUCAGUAUCAGAAACAGUAUAUCUGCUAUGACUACUGUUAUGUAAUUCUGUGUUUGAAGUUACAUGUAAAUAGGGCUAUCUUUCACUCUGUGUAAAUGUUUCUUAUGUAUAUUUGUGGUUAAUGUACAUUUUAGUUGUUUUUAACUGUAUCCUUUCGAGGGUUCUCGCUCAAUAAAGCACUGAAUAGGUGGCUUAUGCACAAAUCAACCUUAAUUCAUCUUCCAUCGUCCAAGAGCUGAAACUACUUCAGUCCAAGGGAAGUAAGCAGCAUGUCCACCCUCUUCGAUACAUUUACAGUGCCAUGCAUGGUCAUGUCAUUAGUUAAUCCCUUUGUUUGAGCUUCAUCCAUUUCAUUUGCAUUGCAAUGAAUUAAGAGAAUGUCCACCUCCAAGUAGACAAGGGCAUUCUUUUUGAUGCCUCUUUUCAUGCUAACUUUACUGAUGCUGCAUCAUGUGUUUCUGCUGAGGAAAGCGAAACAACAGGAAUUCUGAAGGGAACUGUUUUGGGAGCGCUGUGACAGCGUUCAGUCUAGGUUCUUUAGUCUUCCUGAUGGUGUACGGCUAAUUGUUCUUGGUCAUUAUGUCCCUGAAUUCCACUGGCAAAUAUCAUAUUUUCUCAGUAUUGACCUUUAUCCUUUACAGGUUAAUACACAGGUUUACUACCUUUGCUUUCCCCUAGCUCCUCAACUAAACUCAGCAAUCUUCAAAAGUUAUAAAUUCUGAUUGCCUCUGGUUUCCUGUUUGUGACAAAGGCUGGCUUGGCUUUUUUUUUGAGAAAUGAAUUAGAAAAAAAUAUGUAGUCUUUAAAAUGAAGCUUGUGGUAGCUUUUCAGUGAUUACAGUUAAUCAGAUAAAAAUGCACAUUAAAAAUGUAACAGUGUAAUGUUAAAUUGUGUAUUCAAUGGAAAGAAGUAGCUGAAAUUAACCUUUCUAAAAUGUUAUACAUCUAAUGUUCUAAUACUAUUUAAUACAUUUUGGAGUCGAGCCUGAAGCAAAAUCUAAUAAAGUGUUCUGUCACUUGG